AAAUUAAUUAAUUUAGAAAAAAUUGCAUUUGAAAGGAACAAAUUUAAUUGAAUUAGAAAGAAAAUAAAUUUCAUACUAUAUAUCUUUUUCUAAUAAUUUUUUGACAAAUAACAAAUAAAAUAAUUGUAAUGCUUUUCUCCCCCAAAAAAAUGGAAAAGGCAAACGCGGGACACUGCCUAGCAGCUUACGCAUAGGAAGAAUGGAAGAAGCUCGUUCACAGAGCCACAACUCCACACCGCAGCCGCCGCCGUCAUCAUCAUCCCCGGCGGCGGCGCGGCUGUGGAGGCCAGCUGCACAGCGGAACCUGAGGAACCAGUGGACGAAGCUCAAUUCUCUCCGCCAAGACUGGCGCGCUUCAACCUCCGCCGCCCGCUCGCACGCCACCGCCAUUGUCAACUCGUACCUCUCCCAAAGGUAUAUGGAUGGAAUGGACUUUGGUGUACUGAGUGACAUGCCUAAUAUCAGGAAGAAAGCUUGUGCCAAAUUGUUGAAGCAACAGGAGCUUUACAGAGGCAAACUAUUGUCAUCUUACAGAGACAUGGUUGCAGUUGUGAUGCAAAUGACUCAUUGUUGUAAAUCUAUGAGGUGUUAUUUUAGAGGGACAAGCAGUAGUCCAGUAGCCCAGUUUUCUUCAUCCUCAGAAGAUGGCAAUGACAACGGUGACUGUGGUGGAAUUCCCGUGUUUGCAUUUUAUUCGGUUUCUUAUUUUGAAGAACUAGCUUGGGAGAUUGUUCGAAUGUUCAUAUCAGAAUUACAAGUGAAGAGGGUGCUUGUCUUGGAAUUGCUUUCAAUAUAUGAUGAAAAAGUUGCAGAGGCUAAUAGAUUGCAUUGGCCUGAUGAGUUAUACGAGGGAGAAUUUAGCGAGUUGAGCACAUUGAACUUGUACUCUGAAGAAACUCAACAGCCAAAAUUUCCAUCCCUUGGAAGUUGCGAAUCUACUAUUCCUAUAUUGCCGUCCGAAAAACAGCCGGAUAGCAAUGUUUUACAGGUUUACAUAACCACAUGGAUGGUAGAGGUGAACAUAGAUAGAUGCAGAAUGGACGAAAUAUUUGCCACCGUAGGAGGGGAGAUGCGUGUCGACUUUGUUGAAACAUUUGGUUGAUGAGUUGAGGGGAUAAAAAGAAACACUUUUGUGGGGUUUGCGGCAAUUUUGGAAGUGCCCAAAAUAUUAAAAGUUAUCAGAAAGUUGUAGUUGCUAUGCUUUCAUAAAUGUAACAAUUUUUAAAAAUGUUUCUUGAUUGAAUGAGUGCCCCAUAGAAUCCUUUUGUAAUGCCGAUUAGUGUUAUAAUUCAAAGGAUAGCACUUUUAACUAAAGACUAAAGAAUGAACAUUAUUGGAGAAGUUUGACUGUUUGAGUAACAGACUAGUUAAAUGUUUUUCCGCACCAUGAAUGAUAAUGAGGUUCAG